AUCCCUCGACCUCCCAAUGCCUUCAUUAUCUUCCGCAUGUCGAAGUGUGCCGAUUUCACGGACGCUGGCGUCGAGAGUGACCACCGCAUCAUCUCCAAGAUCUUCGGCGAGCUCUGGAAGAAGAUGGGUCCCGAGGAGCGGGCACCCUACGUGGAGGAGGCGAAGCGGCGUGCGCGCGAGCACAAGAUGAAGCAUCCAAACUAUCGCUUCUCGCCCAAA